AUGGCCUGGGAUCACCUCUCCAUCACCAAACCACACCUGGUGUACAUCAUUCUGGGUGGCUUCACAAGUCUGUUUAUGCUGUGCUCCUCUAUCAUCAAGGAGCGUCUGUACAUAGGCGAAGCCACUGUUGCUACGAUCUGUGGCAUCAUCUUUGGGCCACAUGCUGCUGACCUCAUCAAUCCGAUUGAAUGGGGCAAUACGGACCUCAUCACUCUAGAAUUCUCCAGAAUCGUCUUAGUCGUGCAAUGUUUCGCCGUUGGAGUUGAAUUACCCCGGGCGUACAUGGAGAAGCACUGGAAAUCGGUUUCGCUCCUUCUCAUACCGGUCAUGACCUUCGGGUGGCUCAUCACGAGUUUGUUCAUCUGGUGGAUGUUUGGCUCCCAUCUCAACUGGCUGGACUCCCUCUGUGUCGCUGCCUGCGUCACCGCUACUGACCCAGUCCUGGCCUCAUCCGUUGUCGGAAAGGGCAAGUUCGCAAAGCGUGUUCCGAAGCAUCUUCGAGAUCUACUCUCGGCUGAGUCUGGUUGUAAUGAUGGCAUGGCAUUCCCGUUCAUUUAUCUUGCUAUUUACCUCAUUCGCUACCGCCCACACGUCAACGAGGUCGCUCUUCACUGGUUUUGCGUGUCCAUUCUCUAUGAAUGUGUCUUUGGCGCUUUCUAUGGAGUCAUGAUUGGCUAUAUCGCUCGCCGCGCUAUUCGUUACGCGCACGAACGCGACCUCAUCGAUCGAGAGAGCUUCCUUGUAUUCUACUUUGUUCUCGCGCUCUUCUGUGCUGGGUCAGGGAGUAUUCUCGGAAUGGACGAUUUGUUGGUUGGAUUCGCUUGUGGAGUUGGCUUUUCGAACGACGGGUGGUUCCUUGAGAAGACCGAGGAAUCUCACGUUUCCAACGUCAUCGACUUGUUGAUCAAUUUGGCAUUUUUUGUCUAUUUCGGCACCAUUAUUCCCUGGGAGCAGUACAAUGCCCCAGACAUCAUUGGAACCACUCCGUGGCGUCUUGUCGUCCUCGGAAUUUUGGUCCUCUUAUUCCGCCGCAUUCCGAUCAUGUUGAUGCUCAAGCCAAUUCUACCGGAUGUGAAGACUUGGCGCGAAGCUUUGUUUGCCGGGCACUUUGGGCCAAUUGGCGUCGGUGGCAUCUUUGUGGCAAUCUUAGCAAGAGCAGAGUUAGAGACUGAGAGUACGACUCCGCUAGCCGAGUUACCGGAAGAGGGGUUUGAACAUCUCAAUAUCAUUGAACUCAUUUGGCCAAUAACGACUUUUUUGGUCAUCUGCAGCAUCAUUGUUCACGGUAGUUCAAUAGCGGUAUUCACUCUCGGCAAGCACAUCAACACUCUCACUAUAUCUCUAUCGUAUACGCAAGGACCCGAGGAGGGGCCGAGUUGGAUGGAACGCCUUCCCCGAAUACAGUCUCGGUCAAAAUCUUCCAUGUCUCUGCGACGUCCUUCGGAGUCGUCAAUGGACGAGAAGACGGAACUAUCUGGUCCGGGUCUACUUCCUCCAGUUGGUAUUACAGGCCAGUUCCUCAAACGUCAAAAGGAAGAAGACACCUCCAGCCGAGCAAGCUCUAUCCGCUCCUCCGCUCGACGCAGGAAGUGGGACGCUGGCCGAGGUCCUGGUGGACCUAUCUCUCAAUCUGCCAUCGCGCCCGCCAGUGCCAGGUACUCUAACACGGAGCCAACAGAGGCUAACUCACCCAUGCAAGAUUCUGACACCCUAGCUGUACCCAGUGACGAAUCUCCCGAGAGUUCUUUGGUGAAGGAAAAGGUGCAACGGCAGGGUUCUCAGGAGGACGAAGAGGAGAUGUACCAGGAGGGCGACAAGACUGUCAUCGAAGACGAAGAAGGCAACGUCUUGGGCAUUAGGGAGAGCUGCAAUGAAGAGUCCGAAAAGAAACGAAGCCAGCAAGACAAGGCCGAAGCUCGUCGGUUGAUGACCGAGAACAAUGUGCGCCAUGGUGUUGCGCAAACCGAACAUGGCGGAGCAAUCGAGGAGGCGCCUAGCAAGGCCGUCGAAGCCAUCAAGGAAGGUGUGGAACAUCCAGGUCGCUUCCAACAUAUGCGUAAACGGAUGGAGAGUUUCUCGGGCCGCGCCGGCCGUCGUGGAGAAGAUGAAGAACCUACUCCACCGCCCAGAGCACAUAAGCCGGUGCAAAAGCGCGGUCCAGCUCUUGCGUAUCAGUUUGGUAACACCAUCAUCGUCGAGGACGAGGAUGGAGAAGUUCUUAAGAAGUACGACAUUCCAGCCCCUUCCAAAGACCGCCCUGGAAUCGAUCGUAAAUCUUCCAUGGCUGAAACUGGGGGUCGUGCCAUGCAGAGCCUUCGCAAGAUGGGUACUUAUGUCGGAAUUCCAAAUCACCUCCAAGGCCCUGAAGAGUCGGGGCCAUCAGGUACUUCAGGUGCGUCUCCAGAUGCAAAGAAGAGGAAGCCAGCGUCAGGGGAUGAGAAAGACGACGAUGAUGACCGUAUUCGCUUCACUGUUACCGCUGGUGGGCGGAGAAUGAGUAAAGCGGAGUUCAUCCAACAGAUGCAGAACCUGGAUCCAAAGGCUCGAGCCAAGCUUGUUGAGGAUAGCGAUGUUCCUGAGGGCGUAAAGAGAGAUGCGAGGCAAGAUGCGAAGGACCACGUUGCCCGCAAACGAGCUGUUUCCUCCACCAAGAUUCCUCCUGUUCUCGGCGAAGAGGGCGAAGCCCAGCUCCAAAAGAUCGAGUCUCCAGACGCUAAAGAAGAGGGUAGAAAGUGUGGGCCUGAGGGAAUGACAUUGGUCGGCAGCGAUGGAGAAGACAUCCCGUUCCAUUCCGUCCGAGACGACCUCGCUAAUUAUACCCUCGACCACUCUCACAAGUCUGAGACUGCAGCCCAGCGUCGUCGUCUCGCUGCUAUUCAAGGGUCCUCAUCCCCAGAUCGAACUGCCAUUCCUCCCAGUCACGCGCCAAAAAGUCACAUGGACGAAGGGGAGACAGCGGCAGAACGAAAACGUCGCCUGGGUGCUCUCGGCAUUGGCCAAGACGACUCUCCCGACUCCGAAUCCGAAGAAGAGGAAGGUGGAGACCCGCUUGAGACUGGACGUGGAACACACCAUGGCCACAGCCACGGCUCGCCGCAACGGAAUAGAGAACAACAACCUCAGCCCCAAGGGGAAAGGCCAAGAGCGCCCGGUAUCAGGUUCGCAGAGCAACCGCGUAUCCCGACCAAGGACGAGCGAGCGGCUGCUGCAGCUGCGGAGCAAGAGGCAGCUAGUACGGCGGGGCCGAGUUCUGGACGACGGGGAUUUGGCAAGCUGAGAUGGGGCGAUAUAUCUAGGUCAUUUCCAUCAGAUAAGGUUUUCUUUCAUCCGCCUUUUUCGGUCGUCUGGCAUAGUGCUAUGGCACUACUUUCUCAGAGUCUCCUUGUCCGGAGUCUGAGAUUCGCAUUUCAGCGUGCAUAUGGAGUGGAAGUAGUAGGUUUGGAACCUGGGAAGUUAGAACAAGUAUUGAUGAUGAUGAAAAAUGGCAUGGCGCAUGAUGGCAUCGUAGUCGAUAGAAUGCGAAUCCAAGCUAUCAUGAGAAGAGGCUUCUCUGAGCAUUCACCGUCGUUGGCACCUUGGUCGAAAAACUGCUAUCAUAAAUUCACAAUAUUUGGCAGGGUUUCAAUUCUUUCUGCUUACUUUGUUUAUGUCGGACUUAUUUUGGCACUGGCUGCCUACCUCCAAACACACCACCAAGGCCUGGCACACAACUCCCCAGUCAUGAAGACUUCGCUCAUCUCGAUAGCGCUCCUAAAUCUGAAUCCGCGAUGUGAGAAGCAUUCACUACAACUCGAUCCUUCAACUCCGUCCCUAAUAUUGACAAGGCUCGUGCACUUCGUUGCGCGACAAGCGAUGGAAAUUCGCGCUAACCCUAACACCUCGAUAUGGGCUCUGGUUGGUGGCGUCUUCGAGGAUUGCGGGGUCAUGCAAGUGCGUUCCUUCCUAGGUUCGUCCGAACAACUAUUCAAAUGUAGUUCAGAGCUUCAAGCUCGUAAGCGAAAAUGGAAGAUGGGGCCAAAUCUGGAGCUGAAGCUACGGGUAUUUAAGAUGUGGUGUUAUCCAAGUGUUGAUACUUUCUUCCGUUAG